AUGAAUAUAGUGUCGCUCAUUUUGUCUAAAUUACCUACAGUCCUACUCUCAAAAUGGUCAGACUAUAGUUUCCCGCUUAUCACCGAGGGCAAGAAGUCACGAUUGGAUAUUUUAGCAGAUUUCUUACAAGAAGAAGCGGUGAAAAUCUCGACGACAUCUAAUAUUCAUCUCAUCGGCAAUAACUUCAACCGCGUACAUAAUACGGUGCUAGUGACAACAGACAAUCAUGACUUUAAGUGUUUAUACUGCCGUGUUUCUAAACAUAAGCUAACAGAGUGCAAGCGCUUUAAAAAAUCACUACGAAAAGAUCGGUGGCGUCACGUUAAACGACACGGCAUCUGUUAUAAGUGUUUACUAUCGCGUCACGAUCGAGAUACAUGUCCGGCCGCGCCGUGUGAUAUCGAGAACUGUGGACAGUCGCAUCAUCGGUUAUUACAUUAUCCUAUAACAAAAGAUAUUCGUUCCCCGGGUAAUAUAAACAUUAAGGAAAUAACAGAAAGUGCAACAGUGACGAACAUUAAUUUAUCUAACUGUAAAGUGUUUUUGAAAACCGUGCCUAUCAAUAUUCAUGGGCCAAACGGUGUAAUUAGUGCUACCGCUUUGCUAGACGACGGGUCGACCGUAUCGUUAAUAGAUUAUGAACUUGUAAAAAAACUCGGACUAAAUGGACAUAAACAAAUUAUGCGUGUGAGUGGUGCAUGGAACAAUAACUCAUUAGAAUGUGUUUGUGAGAUAGUAGACUUAAGCGUG